AUGGCCUCGGGGACUCCUGAACAGGAAAUCACAGAGGAGCCCAUAUGUCCCAUCUGCCUGGAAUAUUUCACAAAGCCGGUGAGCGUAGACUGCGGGCACAACUUCUGCCGGGGCUGCAUCACUCGGUACUGUGAAGAAUGGACAACGGGAGACUACGGGCCUUUGUGCUGCUCUGUCUGCAGAGCUCGGAUCCGGGCAGGGAAUCUCCGGCCCAACCGGAACCUGGCGCACAUAAUAGAAAAACUCCAAGAAGAGGGUUUAAAAGCAGACGAAGCGGGAAAAGAGAAUGUGUGUGAGAAGCACAAGGAGAAACUCAACCUGUUCUGUGAGAAGGACGGGGAAGCCGUGUGUGUGGUUUGCGAGAGAUCUCCAGAGCACAAAUCUCACCCGGUGCUUCUCCUUGAAGUGGCUGCCUGGAAAUAUAAGAAACAAACCCUGACCCAACUGAAGACUCUGAAGAAAGAGCGAGAGGAGCUUCUGGGAUUUAAAGAGACUGAAGAGAGGAAAAUUAAGGAGUACCAGGACAAAAAAGAAGCCGAGAGGCAGAAGGUUGUGUCUGAAUUUGAACAGCUGCACCAGUUCCUGGAGGAACAAGAGCGACUCCUGCUGGCCCGGCUGGGAGAGCUGGAGCAGGAGAUUGUGAGGUGGCAGAACGAGACUGUCACCAAACUUGACAAGGAGAUUUCCCGCCUCAGCGAGCUGAUCGGUGAGAUGGAGGGGAAGGGGCAGCAGCCGGCGAGGGAAUUCCUGCAGGACGCCAGAAGCACAUUGAGCAGGUGCAAAAAAGGGAAGUUCCAGGUGCCGGUGAGGAUCUCUCCUGUGCUGGAAAAAAGACUCAGCAUUUACUCUCAACAAACUCUUGCUCUGAAGGCGACUUUGAGGACCUUCAAAGACACUCUGUCAUCUGACCUGAAGAGGGACUGGGGACUGUCUCCAGCAAGGGGUGUGAAAAAACUAUACAGAAAGGCGAAUGUGACUCUGGAUCCAGACACGGUUUAUCCCGGACUCGUCUUGUCUGAGGAUCGGAAAUGUGUGCACUGUGGAGACACCCGGCAGGAUCUGCCUGACAAUCCCGAGAGAUUUGAUCCUGUUCCCUGUGUGCUGGGAUGUAAGGGGUUCACCUCGGGGAGACAUUGCUGGGAUGUGGAGGUGGGAGGUGGGGAGCGCUGGGCCGUGGGGGUGGCUAGAGAAUCACUGAGGAGGAAGGGACUCAUCGACUUUAACCCUGAGGGGGGGAUCUGGGCUGUGGAGCGGUGUCUGGAUCAGUACCGGGCUCUCACCUCCCCUGAGGUCCCUCUCUCCUUGAGCCGGAACCUCAAGAGGAUCCGGGUUUCUCUGGACUAUGAGGCAGGGCAGGUGGCAUUCUGCUAUGCAGAUAACGAGGCCCCGAUCUUCACUUUCCCACCAGCCACUUUUGCCGGGGACAGAAUCUGCCCUUGGCUCUGGGUCUGGAAAUCACAACUCCAACUGUGUCCCUGA